UUCUCUCUCUCCGUUGACGCGCACACUUGCUCAUCUGUAUCGCUGAACUCAUUUGCAUUUUCUAUGACUAGUAGCUUAUUGAUUGAUUCACUCAUUUGAUUAACUUAUUCAAUUAGUACCUUUCAAACCUAUUUUCCCCUCUUUCCAUCCAUUAUAAUCAUCUAAUUUUAUCUUACAUUUCAAACUUUCAGCUUCACAGCAACUGUGUAAAAUACAUCAUCCUCAGCAACAUAGUUUUGGCUUUUUCAAGUUUCAAUGGCUUGUAGUAGCCUCCAAAGUGGCUCUUCAUCUAGGAUGAGAUGGAAAUAUGAUGUGUUUGUGAGCUUCAGAGGUGAAGACACCCGCAACAAUUUCACCGAUCACGUUUUUGGUGCUCUCCAUAAAAAAGGUAUUAUUACCUUCAGGGAUGAUACAAAGCUCAAGAAAGGGGAAGAUAUAUCAUUUGAGCUUCUACAAGCUAUUGAAGCAUCCCGUGUUUUAAUUGUUAUUUUCUCAACAAACUAUGCUUCUUCCACAUGGUGCUUGCAAGAACUUGCUAAAAUUGCCGACUGCAUUCAUGUUCCUGGACAAUCUGUUUUACCUAUUUUCUAUGAUGUCAGUCCUUCUGAGGUACGAAAGCAAACCGGAGAUUAUGGAAAAACCUUUCAAGAACAUGAAGAAAGAUUCAAAGCAAAUUUAGAGGAAGUGCAAAAAUGGAGAGGAGCCCUAACACAAGUAACUAAUCUCUCUGGCUGGGAUGUAAGAGAUAAGCCACAGUAUGUAGAGAUUGGAAAAAUUAUUAAAGAGGUAGCAUGCUUAUUGGGAAACAAAUAUUCUAAUUUACCUAGGGAUAUAGUUGGGAUGCACUCUAGAGUGGAAGAAUUAGAAAACCUUCUGAUUUUGGACUCAGAUGAUGAUGAUGUUCGAGUUGUAGGGAUUUCUGGAAUGGGUGGAAUAGGGAAGACAACUCUUGCGACUGCUUUGUAUGCUAAAAUCUCUAAUCAAUUUGACGCUUGCUGCUUUAUUGAUGAUGUAAGUAAAAUUUAUGGAGAUCAUGGUCCUAUUGGGGUACAAAAGCAACUUCUUUGUCAAACUUUAAAUGAAGAAAAUCUUCAAAUAUGCAAUCUUCUUAUGGCAUCUAAUUUGAUUCGAACUAGGCUAUGUCAAAUUAAAUCCCUUGUUGUUCUUGAUAAUGUUGAUGAAGUUGAACAACUGGAUAAAUUGGACAUGAAACGAGAAUGGCUUGGCUCUGGGAGUAGAAUAAUCAUAAUUUCUAGAAAUGGGCACAUCUUGAGAGAGCAUGGAGUAGAUGAAGUGUACAGAGUUCGACUCUUGGAUCGUAAAGACGCCCUUCAAUUGUUUUGUAGGAAAGCUUUCAAAAGUGAUCAUAUCAUGAGCGGUUACAUAUACUUGACAUAUGAAGUACUGGCAUAUGCCAAUGACCUUCCACUAGCAAUUAAAGUGUUGGGCUCAUUUUUGUAUGGUCGAGAUGUCUCUGAGUGGAGAAGUGCGUUGUCAAGAUUAAGAGAAAAUCCAAGGACAGAUAUUAUGAAUGUACUCCGAAUUAGUUUUGAUGGACUAGAGGAUACAGAAAAGGAUAUAUUUCUUGAUAUUGCUUGUUUCUUUUAUGGAGACACUGAGACAUACGUGAAGAAAGUUUUAGAUUUUCGUGGAUUUCAUCCAGAAAUUGGUUUAAAAGUUCUCAUUGAUAAAUCAUUCAUAACCUGUGAGAAGAAAAACAUUUGUAUGCAUGAUUUGUUUAGAGAACUAGGGAAGAAUAUCAUUAGAGAAAAAUCACCCAAAGAACCAAGAAAGUGGAACAGGUUGUGGGACUACAAGGAUGUCCACAAAGUUAUCUCAGAUAAGAUGGCAACAGAAAACCUUGAAGCCAUAGUUAUGAGGUAUGAUCCAGAAAAUGAUAUAGAAAUACAAAAGAUGACAACAUUGAGAGCCGAUGCUUUAGCAAAAAUGAGUCACCUUAAAUUGCUCAAGUUGUUGAUGUUUAAUUUCUCAGGAAGUCUCAAUUUUCUUUCAAGUGAAUUGGGUUAUCUUUAUUGGGAUAAAUAUCCUUUCACUAGUUUGCCAUCAAGUUUUCAUCCGUACAAACUUGUUGAACUGAUCCUACGACACAGCAACAUUAGGAAACUAUGGGAGGGCACAAUGACUCUACCUAAUUUGACACAUAUUGAUCUCUCUCACUCGAAAAAUCUUAUUAUGAUGCCAAAUUUUAAGGAGAUUCCAAAUCUUGAGAGCCUAGAUCUUGAAGGAUGUAUAAAACUUGUGAAGAUUGAUCCGUCCAUUGGCACCUUAAGAAGGCUUUCCAGAUUACGUUUGAAAGAUUGUACAAAUCUGGUCAGUAUUCCUAACAACAUUUUUGGUCUGAGUUUUCUCAAAGAUCUAAUUCUCUCAGGCUGUCCAAAUUUAUUUAAUAAUAAGCAGUUAGAAAUACAAAGACAAACAGAACAAUUGGAGAUGCUUGAUAACAACGAAAGUACUAUCCAAUACCAACCAACACUGUUCAUCUACAAAUUUCUAGAGCCGCACUUCCGACAUUUGAUUUUUCAAAAACCUGAAGAUUCAGUUGGUUUACUGUUGCCUUCAUUGUCUCGUUUGUCGUGUUUGCAAUAUCUUGACCUGAGUUUCUGCAAUCUUCUUCAAAUACCUAAUGCAAUUGGGUUGUUACAUUGCUUAGAAACCCUAUAUUUAGGGGGUAACAAUUUUGUGACAUUACCUUCUAGCAUUAAGGAACUUUCCAAACUUAGAAGAUUAAACUUACAGCACAGUAAGCAGCUGAAAUAUUUGCCUGAGCUACCUUCAAAAAAGAAUGUUAUGCCAGUAAGAACAUAUUUAAGUAAUGUUGCUGAAUUUAAUAUAUUUGACUGCCCUAGUUUAAUUGAGAUGGAAUGCUGUUAUAGAAUGGCUUUUUCUUGGAUGAUACAAUUCUUUCAGGUGCACAUGCAAUCGGACAUCCCAAUGGAAGUUAUUACAAUUGUUAUUCCCAAAAUUCAAAUUCCAAAGUGGUUCAACAAACAAAAUGUAGGUAGUUCAAUAAGCAUCGAUCCAUCACCCAUUAUGCAUGACAAGAAUCGGAUAGGCGUUGCAUGCUGCUUAACAUUUAUAGCACAUGAUAAUACAACUAAUUUAGGUGAAGAACAACCUUAUAUUUUGUUUGGUUUUAAAAGUAAACAGCAUAGACGUGGGAUCUUUUCAGGUACUGCUGACAUACGUCUUAAAAAAAAUCUGGUAACAGUUGAUUUAGAUCAUUUGGUGCUAAUUUUUUUCAGUAGGGAGAGAUUUAUUGGCGAUAUGAGUUUUAUAACAGAGGGAUUGCAUGAUGAUAUUAGUGGUAUUGAGUUGACAGCUUGGGUGAGGCAGCCCCUUGGUUUGCACUUGGAGGUAAAAAAUUGUGGUUAUCGUUGGAUAUAUAAGGAUGAUCUGGAACAAUUAAACCCUCAAAAGAUGUACAACGGAAAUUCAAUAUGA